GAACCCAUUUGACAAGAAUAUGCUAACGCGAACGUUAUUCUCCCGGCUUAUCUUUGUCAACAAAUUUCAUGGACAUUCCCGAUGGAGUUCAAGCUCUUGUUUUUUCUUUCCGGGGCAAGGAGCGCAGUCUGUUGGAAUGUGCAAAUGCUUAGUAACACAGAGUAAGGUAUUGCAGCUUUUUGAGAACGCUAGCAAGAUUUUGGGUUACGAUUUACUGAGCUUAUGCUUGAAUGGGCCCGUGGAACAGUUGAAUAAGACGGUGAACUGUCAACCUGCAAUUGUUGUGGCCUCUCUUGCAGCUCUUCAGGAACAAAAGGUCAAUGGUGCCAAGGUCCUUGAUUGGCCAGAUAACCUUGACGUGCAAACAGUUACUGCUGGCUUUAGUGUUGGAGAGUUAUCAGCCUUGAUAUUUUCUGGAGCUCUUUCAUUUGAAGAUGGUCUCAAAGUGGUUAAAAUCCGUGCAGAGGCUAUGCAGGAAGCUUCAGAUCAAGUUCCGAGUGGGCUGGUGUCAAUCAUGGGCCAUGCAGACCUGGAUGUUCAGUUGCUAUGUGAUAAUGCCAAAGAAUGGUCCUAUAGCAGAGGUACACAAGAGCCAGUAGCUUGUGUAGCUAAUUAUCUUUUCCCAGGGGGCUGGGUAUUGGGAGGUGACAAGUCAUCUGUGCAGUACAUCCUGGAGUAUGGAAAAGCUAAGCAUGGAAUCAAGAGAGCUCAGUUCAUUCCUGUUAGUGGUGCAUUUCAUACAAAACUGAUGGAGCCUGCACAAGAACCUCUCACAAGAGUGUUGGAGUCUGUAAACAUACAAACACCUCGAUGUACUGUGUACUCUGGAACAAGCUGUCAACCCUUCAAUAACCCUGAUCAGAUAAAAAGCUUGCUGGUAAGACAGUUGGUAGAGCCUGUUAACUGGAUGAAAACAAUGCAAAACAUAUUCAAAGGAAGGACAGCAAAUAGCAAAAUCUACGAAGUGGGACCUGGAAGACAGUUAAGAGCUAUGAUUUACCGCAUUGACAGAACACUGCUGGAUAAUUUCACAAACCUUGAGACAUGACACAACAUUCUUCAAAACUCAGGAUGGUAAAAUUUUGAAUUUACACCUUGUGCCUUACAGGAGAGAAGAUAUACAUGCAUCUCCUUCACUCUGGAACACCUAAGUUUGGUUGAUUACAUCAAGCUUAAAAAAAAAAGGAGAGAACAGGACAUCAAGCUUUGGUACAAGCAGACUAUGUUAACUUAAACUGAAGACGGAUAAUUUGGAGAUCUAUGUCAAGUUCUAGAUGACGAUAUCAAGGCUGAACUGGGCAAGGCAAUAUUAAUUUUCCAUGGCCAUAUCAACAAAGGUGGAGAACCACAGUGCAAAAGACUAGCGGGAAAGCCAAUACUUACUACUAUUUACCAACUGAGAUUAUCUUCACUGAUGGGUGAUCUAAGAUGUGGAAUUCUUUCACAACCACUGCUUUGUAGAAGCCUUCAGAAGAACAUACAACAAUUUAAAGCAUGCUCAAAUGCUACUGCCAAUUAUUUGUGAUAUGUGAUUGUUAUGGAGAGUUCACUUGACUCGGAAGAAAUUAAACCGAACUCUGCCUCAAUGAUAUGGACAAAGGGCCAGUCCUGUCAGAGCUUGCAUUGGUAUUGGUGGCGUUCAGCUGUUAGUAGUAAAUAUCGUAAAAUGCAAUCAGCUUUCAAAAAUGUAUACUCUGGUAAACAUUAGUUUCUUCUCUGUAUUUAUCUUGUAAUUCUUUCCUGUUUUAUACUUUACAGCAUUUAGCUGCCAACAAAAUCUUUGACAAAUCUUCCUGUAGAGGAAACUUUUUCAUCUUACCAGGGAUCACCAAAAUCAAUAUUUACAAAAUGUUCAAACAAAUGAAAGAAUAAUUUGAAGGUUUAAAUUAUUUAAGUGCAUUAUCACAUUUUGCUUAUCAGUGACAAAUCCAGAAUAAAGUGUUCAAAAGGGGUAUUGUAAAAGCUCUCA